AUGAAGAAGCUAAAGCUUAAGGAAUUUCAGCUCUCACUCACACAGUACCUCGUCUCCUGGGAUAAGUUGAACAAGUCCGAUCAUUACCCCGAGCUUUCUAUCGAGAAUGCAGACCUAUUUGUCGAUGAUCGCCUGGUCAAUUCGCGAGAGACCUCAGUAGCGAUGGCGGUCGAUGGGACAUGGCUCUCAACUUACUUGAGGUACGCUUUCCUUAUAGACAAUAGUAUGGCAUGUUCUCAACGUCUCCUAGACAUAUGUCUUGUUCCUCAGCCGAUUUACCCUGACUCGUACCAUUCAAACGCCAUCAACACCCUUCUGAAGUCGAAGCUCCGAGAGCAUGCUCUGCACGCACUCUCUUCAUCACUGAAGAGAUCUAUACCAUCAUAUCACUAUGGAACAAGAUAG